AUGGUGAGAGGACGCAAUGUGUGCUCAUGCAGGCCAGGGUAUGUCGUCAACCCCACAAACCCUGCUCAAUGUCUAGAUAUCAAUGAAUGCAACGCUGAGCCAAGCCCAUGUCAACAGAUUUGCAUCAACACAGACGGAAGCUUCACUUGUUCAUGUAAACCUGGAUUUGCCGUAAACAGCACGGACCCAACAAUGUGUGAUGCACUGUGUGUUCCUUUAGCAAGUGCAAUAACGGAAACGCGACCGUCUACAUCAGCCCAGGAAUGCUACGCAACUUGUAGGGCUGAACGAUGCUAUUCUUUCAAGUUUUUCAAUGGUGAAUGUUCAACGAGGCUCUUUACCGGUGAUGUUGUAAAUGUUAGUAUAAGUGAAACAUCGGCUUCCUCUUUAACAUGCUACAAUGAAACUACUCAGUGUACUGUAUAUAACGAUGCCGGUUAUAGAGGACUCCCUGCAACGGAUCUGGAGACGUGUGUCAACACUUGUCGUGACGAUGCUCAUUGUUUUUCCUAUACUUUCCUCGCCGGCUUCAUUUGUAUACUCACCUACGCGACUGGAGCUCUUGUUGACCUAAAUGUGCCGAUUGAUCAGUUUCUCUUUCUUGACUGCGCAAAAUAAAAAAAAGAGUUGGGGAAAACAAGAAAGCAACAAAACACUGCGCACUAUUGAAGAUUGUCAA